AUGACAAUACCAUCAGGUAUUAUCUUUGCAUUUUUCUACGAUACAACUAGUACAUUGAUUUUAAUGUUGGCCGAUGCAGCUAUGUUUACUUAUCGCAUUUUAUCGUUUCCUUUAUAUUUCAUAACAUUUACUGAUUUUCGACGAGAAUUUCUAUGUAUGAUUGGAUGUGCAAAGAAUACUCGUCUUAUUGUACCACAAGUAAAUGCAUUACCAAUCAAUAAAGAUUUAUCAAACUAUGAUAUCAAUCAAACGAAAAUAUCAUUCUGUUCUAUGUGA